UCGGACUAGUAUUUCACAGUCCCUUGACGAAAGAAGCUUGUGUUAGAAAAAAAGGACAAAACUUAUUUAGGGGAUAAAAGGAAAUGGAAAGAAAGUGCAGAAAUUACCCGAACAGUCAUACUUUUGCACGUACAUUUAACGACUUUUGAUGAAUAGGCGCUGCACUUCAGAAUGAAAGCAAAAUUGCAUGAACCCGUAACUGAAACCAUAUGGUAUUCAUUAAGAAGUUGUACACUGUUUUUGCAGUUCAGAUAUGCAGCAUGCACUGAGAAAUUGUGGAUGUUUGUGGGACUUAUCUCAGCAUCACUUGCUGGUUUGUGUAUACCAGCUAUUGUUAUCCUAUUUGGUAAACUUGCUGAGGAAUUCAUUAACUUUGAAGUGAUUAAGGUCCAUGAAGAAGGAGUGCAAAGGAAAAAACAUCAUGAAUUAGCUCCUGCAGGACUAAGAUGGUAUCAUGAGGGAAACAGCACCUACUUAACAAGAACUAUCAUUGGCUCUACUGUAGAUCUUGCACUAUACACAAUCGUCUUGGGGUUUCUUCAACUGCUACUUGGUGCAAUAUUCACUGCGUCCUUGAACUAUUCAGCACAGAGACAGGUUUUGAAGACACGCAUACAGUAUAUAAAAGCAAUCCUAAAACAGGAUAUGGGCUGGUUCGACAUGCACAGUCCACACAAACUUAGUGCAAAAGUAUUUAUAUUCACAAAUGACAUCUAUGAGGGCUUGGCAGAAAAACUUGGAAUGAUGGUUUACACUUCUGUAUCAGCUUUGGCAGGAUUUGUUGUUGCUUUUAUGCAUGGCUGGUUCUUAUCUCUCAUUCUGGUUGCAGUUGUGCCUAUCAUAUUAUUCAUUGCUAUAGCAGGUGCAAAGGUCACCAAAUACUUAAGGAAUGCACAGAUAAAAUCAUACAGGAAAUCUGAGUCAUUUGCCUUGGACAGUUUGAUGAACAUAAGAUCAGUAGCUGCUUAUGAGGGCUACAGUGAGGAAAGUAAAAUGUAUGGCUGCAGUCUGAACAUGAACCAGACUUUAACUACUGGUCUACAUAGCUUCAAGGGUCUGGUGGCUGGUGUAUUAUGGUUUUUUGUCUACUGCACCUAUGCAGUAGGUCUUUACUAUGGAAUGAAACUGGCAAUAAACAAUGUUCAUUCGUAUUCUCCUCCAACACUAAUAAUAGUACUGCCAACAUCAGAUUUUGUAAUUAAGUACAAAAGUAAUAGGCCUAUCUUUAAGUCUUAUGUGACUGUAUGGGUUGAAAAAUCUUUGACUCAUUUGAAAUUAUGUAAUGAAUAG